AUGAAGGUGUUUCUGUCUCUUCUGUUGGUUGCCUUUGCUUGCAUGGAGUUUGCACAAACCUUGCAAUGUUACACGUGCCAUGAACCUACCACUGCCGAAAAUUGCCUGAAGAUCCAGAACUGCACAAAGAAUGAAACUAUGUGCAAGACAACCAUGUAUUCCUUGGAGGAUGUUUAUCCCUUCAUGGGUGUCUCGACCGUUACCAAGAUGUGCUCUUCUGUCUGCAUCCCAUCCGAUGUGGACGGGAUUGGCAUGACACGCCCUGUCUCCUGCUGUUACUCUGACUUGUGCAACACCGAUGGUGCAGCUGGUUUGAAGAGCAGCUUUUUACCAGUUGGGCUGCUAGCAAGUUCCCUCUGUGCCCUCUUCUGGACUAGGCUGUGA